GUUUUAAUAAAGGCUGUGGGAGGUCUGUUGAAUGCAACAUUUGGCAAUGCAGUAGAAUUAAUAAUAGCUAUAGUAGCUUUGGUGAAAGGUCAAAUUCGCGUUGUCCAAGCAUCAGUGUUAGGCUCUGUACUUUCUAAUAUUCUAUUAGUAUUAGGAACAUGUUUUCUUUGCGGUGGAAUUUCUGUUAUGUUAAAAAGUGGGGAACUUGAACAAAAUUUUAGUUCGACUGCUGCACAAGCUAGUUCUAGUUUGAUGACCCUGGCAUGCAUUACUCUAAUUUUGCCUGCUGCAUUCAGCUUUACUGUCAACGGAACCACUUCUGGUGGAGCUACUAAUGGAACUGGUAAUUCUUCCAGUGAGAAUAGUACUGUCAAGGUUGAUGACAGGAUUUUGCAUAUAAGUUAUGGAACGUCGAUUGUAUUAUUGGCUCUAAAAACCCAUAAAUCCCUAUUUGUUGUAAAAGAAGAAGACCUUGAAAAUGUAAGUCGCGGAGUCAAUCUUAAUCCUGCAAAACAAAGCGCCGACAACAAAUCUGGAAACUCAGAAAGCGAAGAACAAGAAAAUGAUAACGCAGAAAUCGCAGAAACCGCAGAUAACGGAAAACAAAAAAAUAAAAACAAAGAAAGCGAAAACAAGGAAGAGGAAAGCGAAGAAGAACACAUAAGCACGAUAGCGUCAUUAAUUUUGCUAAUCGCAACAACUGUGAUUACCGCUUUUUCUGCAGAAUUUCUCGUAGGAUCAAUAGAAGGAAUUGUCAAAUCCCUUAGUAUAAGCGAAACUUUUAUUGGGUUGAUUUUAUUACCUAUAGUUGGUAAUGCCGCUGAGGUAUUAAAAAUGCUAACGUCAUUAUUAAAUGUUGCAAUUAUUUUCUUAUAA